CGUGAAGAGCGAACCGCGGAUCAGCGGCUCCUACCUGACGUCAUCAGCGCGCGCCGCUGGGCUUCAGUCUGCUGGCCUCUGGAAUGGGCAGAAAUCACCAGCCCACAUUUCACCAUUGAUUUAUUUGACGAGCUCCAGCGAGAAGUGUGUAUGUUCGCCCGUCGUGGACACGAUGCUAUGCGGAGGUAAGGUGAUGGAAGAGGCCAGCAGGAUUCCAGUGGUGCUAAUUCAGCGGCUGUCAGGCUCCGUCCCAUCAUCAGUUCAGUAACGGCGCCAGUUCUCAUCCCGAAUCAUCAUGAAGCCAGUUCACGAGCGCAACCAGGAGUGCCUCCCUCCCAAGAAGCGAGACCUCCCUGUUAACAACAACAACAACAACACCUCCAUUAACACCAACAGCAACAGCAGCAGUAGCAUCAGUGGCGGAGCGGGAGGCAGUGGCAUUGGGCCUGGAGGAGCAGGAGGAGGUGGUGAGGACGCUCCGUCUUCACAAAGCUCUGGAGCAAAUGCAGAAUCCCAAAGCAGCGAGUGGGUGCGAGCACAGACAGGGGUGCAUUAUGGAGUGGAGAGUGCCGAGGGUCUCGUCGGGCUGCCUGUAGAUCAGUAUAGCAUGCUUUAUAAAGUAGCUCUGCCAACUGGCACCUACUCGCCAACCAGUCUGCAUCCCGUUCUGACCCAUGCCUACACCGUUCCCUCCCCGAUGCUGCAGCACACCAGCGUCCCCUACCCUCCCACGUUCCCACAUUCCUCCCUGCAAUUUGUCAACCCUCCAUACCCAACAGCGGUCCCUUACGCCGUGCCUCCGGGAUUUGUUCCUAGUUCCCUGAUACCACCUCAGUCUGGCAUUUCGCAACCACAUUUGGUUCCAUAUCCAUCAGUUAUUCAGGAAGGAGUGGUUUCGUCCCAACCGCAGCCGCAGGUGUCAUCCCAUGCAUACACCAAAAUGUUAGCACCUCUGGUUCUUUCCUCUGAGCAAGCUGCAACGCAAGUGCCAAUCGGGACUGUAGGGAUGCUCCCGACUGGAGAGCUCAGCCCGAGAGGCGUGCCUGUGUUUUACCACCCCGCCGUCAGAGGUGUGCAAUCGCAUAGCAGCUCCCUGGAGCAGGACCGGGAGGUGAAUGGAGGAGACCGAGACCACGGCGGCAGGGAGAGUCAUCAAGAUGCAGUUUAUUCGGCUAGAAGUGUGCGGCUGAUGCAGACGACUGUGCUGGAGCCCCAGCAGGACAAGAGCUUGAAGAGCCGCAGGCCGGAGGGGAGAAUGUCUCCUGGACAGAGCAGCACACCUGACACUGAUCUCGAGGUCCAGCAGGUGGUUGGACGACUUGCCUCUCCCGUUCACGGCUCAAGCCGCAAGGAUGCAUCGCACGUUCCUCUGAACCUGUCUCAAAGCUCUCAGAGGAGUCGAGAGACUCAGGGUGAAAUCAGAACAGCAUAUGCAUUAAAUCCUGCUGAAUCCAGAGCUCAUCAGCAGCAGAUCGUUCAACAAGGCCAUGCUGUGAUCCUGGCCAACGGGCAGCCUGUUCUUGUACCAUUGGAUUAUCAUCACCACCAUCAACAACAACAACAACCGCAGCAGCAUCAUUAUCAACCCAAUGAUGUGGCUUCAGCAGCUAUCGUUGCCUCCCCCGCCACAUAUACAAAAGCAAUGGAUGCAGCAGCUUGUCUCCCAGAGCGAGCAGUGGCAGAGCCGCCUCCCCAACAGGGUCAGCAGGUGAUUUCUGCCCCAGCUCCUGGUGCUUUUCCACAAGCUCCUCUGCUAGCACCCACCGGCCCAUCGCACUUCAUGAAGGGCGCCAUUAUCCAGUUGGCGACAGGAGAGCUUAAGCGUGUGGAAGAUCUGCAGACUCAGGAUUUCGUACGGAGCGCAGAAAUGAGCGGCGGUCUAAAGAUCGACUCUAGUAUGGUGGUAGACAUCCGUGCUAGUCAACAGCGUCCCGGCCUAGUGGCACUUCAUUUCAAUGUAGGGGAGCAGCAGAGCAAAGUGACUAUAGAUGUCCCCCCUGAACACCCGUUUUUCGUUUACGGACAGGGCUGGUCGUCUUGUAGCCCUGAGCGGACUGCGCAGCUGUAUGGUCUCACUUGCCACCAUUUGCAAGUGGGUGAUGUUUGCGUGUCGGUGACUUUGCAGCAGCAAGCUGCUUCCCAGCAGAAACCACCACAGCAAGUGCAGGCCCGGACUCCCACCAAAGCCAACUCCACAUCAGGAGCCACACCUCAGCCUAUGGGCCCCCCUGCACCCCAGCACACACCUCGACCACAAAGUCACUUAAAGAUCCACAGAGAGAGGGAACAUAACAAGGAAGAGCCCAUGCAGAUUGGAGGAUCCCGACACAUUGACAUGCCCCCCAGACCCAACAGGACUUCAGCAGAGCACACGCAUAGCCAGAGCAACUACUAUUUGCACACGGAGGGUCAUGCUCCUGGAGUGGGAGCCGCGUCCCAGAGGCGAUGGUCUGCCCCUGGCUUCCAAAGAUACAGCAUCAAGAAUGAGGAUGGAAGAUUAGUCUCCGCUGCCACCUCUGGCUCCUCUAGGCCAUCGUUUAUCCCUCAGGAGGUCAAACUAUCCAUUGAGGGACGCUCGAAUGCCGGCAAGUAGCAGCCAACACAAAAAGAGAUUGUCUAUGGGAGCGAAGUGUCAGUGGGAUUUGAAAGAGGGAGCAUGGUUGAAGGGAGAGAGAAUGUAGCCUCAGAAUGUUUGAGAUUUUGCACAUAUUGGAAGAUUCCCCCUACUCUUCGGUUCUGGUCUCGAGUGGAGGACUUGUGCCAGGUUGUAGUCAGCACUCGCAAUGAUAUGCAUGGGCAGCUUUAUCUGGUAAAAUCACGUACCAAAGCCUGCGUUGUCUGCGUGUUCCUGUGGGUGAAACGUCAUGUUUGGCAGUGGUCACUUGCGCAAAGAAAUCUUGCAGUUCCUCGAGUAGAUGUUUAUUUCUGAAAGGCCAGGGAUAAGAAUGGGAUACAGCCAUAGAAUCUUGACAAGCCUUUACAAUAAUAAUAAUAAUCAUAUAUUUUAAAGAAGGACAAAAGAGGAUAGAUUGCUUAACAUCUUUUUUUUCCCUAAAAGACAGACUCUUUCUCUCUCUGAACGUUAACUGGUUCACUUGUUGUACCGCCAGUCUUUUAUUGGCUUAAACCUUAAAACGUGGACAGUUUUUAAUACGUCUCUCUCUAGAGAUGUGUUUUUCCUCACUUUCCUAUACUCUCGUCCUCUCUCUGCCUCUUCUCAGGGUGCUUCUGCUGAGGACUCCUUUCUAGUUCGGAGUUUGAGAACAGUUGCCCAAUGUCGUCACAUCAAUCACUUGAUCCAACAAUCUUUCUACAAUCAGGAACUAUUUCCAGAUGAAGCCUAGCACGCAUCUUAACCAUUGCAUUAAUGACUCCUCAAACCAUUAAUGGGUUUUAGUUUGAUUCUACAGUGGCUCUGAAUCUGCAUUCCAGUUUCAAUGUGAUCUCUCCUCAUCGACCUAUUGGAGUUAUCAUUUCCAAGUAUGGCUGGCCUAGGAUAACCACCUCUAAAUAGUACCUCAUGGUUGGAAGCAUCCUUCAGUCUGAUUAUGAACUUUAAAAAAAAAUCCUACAUAGUUGUGCCCGUUCCUGGAAGCAACAUGUGGUGUCAGCCAAAAUCAACCCUGCUUGGGAAGCUGAGACCAAAUGUGGAACAGGUUGUAGCCUUUUACGAAUGGCUAGUUCCUGUGGAAAUGGAUUAUUGCUCUGAAGCAUGCAGGUUUAAAUGAAGUCGUCCUAUUGGAAGCAUUUAGCACACACACACACACACACACAAGCGUAGAUUCACUGCUGUCGGGUGUGGACUGACCAUGCUCAGUUAUUGAAAUCAAAGCAAUAGUUGUGUCAGAACACAUUUCUCAUGGUUCUUUCUUUCCCAAUAUCCCGUACAAGAUAUAUUACUCCUCGUGUUUUGAUAAUUUUUUUUUUCUAUGUGCAGCAGUUGCACUCUGUAUGUAGAGACCAUUUUAACCUUAUCCUGCACUUCUCUUGAUUCCUUUUAAGAUGAUGCAGUUUUACCUAUCUUCAUUCUAACCGUUACUACAAGAGUUCAUUUAAGGCAUGCAAUUACCCCUAAAACUUCCAUUUAGGCACAUUUUAUUUCUGAUUGUUUGUGUUUUCAGAGAUGACUGAGCUUUUCUAUAACAUUGGAUUAGGAUGUUUUUAGACCCUGGCCCUUACACCACGUCCUAACCAGGUAUGAUAUAAUACAACAAGUGAAAAAAAGUCAUAAGUUAUCUUGUGUCAAUUCUAGAGCUGUGGAUUUGUUAAAUAAAUUGAGACGAUUCUGAGGUUUUUCAGAAUACGCCGACAUUCUCUCUUGAGUCUAAUUGGAGUUUAGUUUUUAACAGCGCUGUAUGCUUUACAAAAAUUGUAUUCUGCUUGCAUGCAAAUCUUUGCAAAUACCACAUCAAUCGAAUAUAAUCAUUAAUUAAGUUAGGAAAGGUUCAAGCGAAUUUUCAAGUAUCUAGUCUAGAACACCACCUGCUGUUUAAAACUAACCUAGAGCGCCAUCUGCUGUUUACAAAUUAGCCUAGAGUGCCAUCUGCUGUUUACAAACUAGCUUAGACUGGCAUCUGGUGUUUAAAAACUAGCCUAGAGCGCUAUCUGCUGUUUAAAACAUGCCUAGAGCACAAAUUUGCUGUUCAAAACUAGUCUAGAGCGCCAUCUGCUUUUUAAAAGUAGCCUCGAGCACAAAUUUGCAGUUGUAAACUAUCCUAGAGCGCCAUCUGCUGUUUAAAACAAGCCUAGAUCGCAAAUUUGCUGUUUAAAACUAACCUAGAGCGUCAUCUGCUGAUAAAAACUAGCUUCGAUUACCAUCUGCUGUUAAAAAAAGUACCCUAGAGCGCCGUCUACUAUUGAAAACUAGCCUAGAGCGGCACCUGCUGUUUAAAAACUAGCCUAGAGCGGCACCUGCAGUUUAAAAGCUAGCCUAGAGCGCCAUCUGCUGUUUAAAACUAGCCUAGAGUGCAAAUUUGCUGUUCAAAACAAUUCUAGAGCGCCAUCUGCUGUUAAAAACUAAGCUUGCAAUCGAUUCAAGACAGAACAGUUAUGCAAAUCUCAGAAUGAAUGCAGAAUCGAUUUCUGGAACAAUUUUUCAGCACAGUCUGCACUUUUAUUGUAUUUCGGUAUUUGUUUUUGGGUGGCUCAAACAAGCAUUUCAUUGGUCACAAACUUUUCCAUAGGUUAUAAGUUACAUUUGGAUGAACAAAUUUAUCGUCACUGGAAACCUAUCGCGUAAUCCCUGGUUUGGACUGGUGUUAAACCAUAAGCUCAUCUCUGGAACUAGCUUUAUUAAUCCCGUUUCUAGUUUGUGCUGAGGUUCCUACUUGGUUUCAGUAGUUGUUGAACUCUUGUACAGUGUUGCGUUCUGUCUCUCUUCUUGGCAAUAUUACCCACGAGUGAUUUUGAAAACUUGUACUGCAGGUCUUGUAUUGCACAGAUUAGUUCAAUUGAUUCACACUGACUCUUUAACGGGAAUCAGAUACGAUGUGUUUUAAUGUUUGUUUUUUUUCUUUAAUAAUGAAGGGAAAAUGUUUGUGUUGUUUUUGAAGUAUUGAGUUUUGUUGGUGGCGAUUCGGCUCAUGAGAAACUGACAGGCAAGGUUGACACUGUUUACACAUUAGCCAAGAGAAAAUGCUGCAGUUUCACUUUUCGUAGUUACUGAACAUUUUCAGAUGGAUCGAAAUCACGACUUAAGUGCAAUUAGACCAAAUAUCAUAAACAUUAGGAUGUUCAUGUUUUAUUUCAAAACAGCAUUCCAGAAAGAGCCUGACAUUCCCACUUUUUAGUUGUUGUUGUUCUCUAUGUAUAGUUUCUUUUCCCUCAAUGUUUUUAAUGCCUCUUACUACUUAUCAGAUGCAAUUUGUUUUAAAUUUUGGCCCAAGUUCUUUCACAAGACCUUUGAUAUUUCUGUGUUGUUGGCUCUUGCUGGGCUCUCCGUGUUUGGACUAGAUUUUAGUUAAACCGUUUUGGAUUCUCUCUGUCACUCAAGGCUUUAAGAGAGGUUUCUUUUAGGUAAAGAAAAUAAUAUAUUUUUUUAAGUAAGUGUAGCGCUAGCACUCGACUGCUUACAUUUUGACUUCCUUCAGACUGCAUCAACCUCAAUGAUACCACAUGUCUUUGCCGAUCUCAAACCUCUAAUGGAACAUUAAAAAUUGAGUUCAUGGAACUCAAAAUAUAGGGUUCAAUAACCAUUUAUCCCACUGGAUAGUCUUUGUUA